ACUACAUGAACCCCAUGCAUGCACAGUAACAGCCUCUCUAUUUCAAGUCAGUGGUAGAGUUUCAACGGUGAAUUAUGGAGCUAAACACUGCCUACAAAGUUGCGCACUCCAGCAAGAGAAGAGAAACACAAGCCAUUGCAUUGAAAGAAAAUACUGCUUACAAUAAUUAUCUAUUCUACCCAAGAUAAUGGCUAUACUAUGGUUGAGAACAAUGGGAGAGAAACGUUUGCAUUGAAAAAUAACACAGCCUAUGCAAUAAACAGAGAAGUGUUUACAACAGAAACUAAUUCCACCUCCAACGUUCUGAGCAAUACAAACAAAAAAAGUCUAAGAUGUGCUAAAAAUGGAUGUACUAAGAAGUGGUUUGCAAUCUUUACUGUCCUAGUUGUUGCUUUUUUGUCUCUGUUAGUAGCUGUGGCAGCACUGGUGUACACCAACAUAGUGUUGAAGAACCAGGAUAAUCAGUCAAUGACAAAACAACUAAAUAACCAAUCCAGCACAAUUGAGCCUUUUAAUCUUGGAACAAUCAACAACCCAGCUAGCUCUUGUAGUGACAUCUCUCAAGACCGACCAUCUGGACAAUACUGGAUUGCCACUGACACUAGCUCUCGUGUUCAGGUCUACUGUGACAUGGACCGAACAAGCUGUAGCUGCAACACUGCAGGAGGAUGGAUGAGGGUAGCCAACCUUGACAUGACCAAUCCCAACCAAAACUGCCCAGUCCAACUCAGAUUAAUGAACAGGAAAACAGCACCAUUACGUACUUGUGGCCGAAUAGAAGAACCAGCACGAUGUGUGUCCACUACCUAUUCAACGUAUGGGGUGGAGUAUUUAAAAAUUUGUGGUCGAAUCAUUGCAUAUCAAAUUGCUUCACCGGAUGCUUUUGCUCCAUAUUUCUACAACAGAGCUUUAUCUAUUGAUGAUGUUUACGUUGAUGGUGUGAGCCUAACCCAUGGACAGUCGCCUCGUCACCAUAUCUGGACAUUUGCUAAUGCAGUCGAUGAAACUCAAUCCACUGGUUAUGCAUGUCCCUGCACAAGACGACCUGACCUCACCUACACUGGAAUUGUACCUCCCUUCAUCGGUCAAGACUACUUCUGUGAAACUGGAAGCAGAGAGAAAUUUAGAUAUAAUACCUUCUAUCAUGAUGACCCACUCUGGGAUGGUCAGGGAUGCGGGGGUAACAGUACUUGCUGUGAGUUCAACAACCCACCGUGGUUCUGCAAGCAACUCCCUCAACCGACUACAGACGAUAUAGAGUUGAGGCUUUGUGGAAAUGAGCGUAUUAGUAAUGAAGACACACCCAUUGAGAUAGUUGAGAUGUACAUACGCUGAACACUUAGUCAAUCAUAGAACUAAACACAUUAAAUACCAA